AUGAGCUGUAAUAACUCGAUUUAUCCUACCGUGUUUAUUCGAUCCGUGGAUGGGCAUAUCAUAAAUGAGGACCUCAGCCCCAUUAGCUGGUCUGAGCAGCAGCUAAAUAUAUUAAAAGGUAUAGUUAAACAUAUUAGUCCGAAAGAUCAUCAAUUCAGCGUGAGUUUCAAUUUCACAGAACUAAGCAAGUCCUGGCAAAUUAGCAAGGAUCGCAUUUAUGCAAAGAUUAUUGAGCUAUAUUACAUUAGAGAUACUUCACCAAAUCAGCUGAAUGUCGAAGAUUCUAGCAGCAAGGAUAAGCAAAUUUGGUUCGAGCGAUCAUCCGACAAAGACUGUGAAAAGCAUCAUCCUGUUCAUGAGUUGGAGCUGCUGAAAAUCAACCCAAUAAAUUCGGACCACAGCGACACAGCAGGACUCCAGUAUAAACAACCAUUCUCUUUGGGCCAGACUCCUUCUCUGGAUAUUGGUUCAAUGAGAACAGGUCCAUUGGAUGCAGACAACUCAAACUCUAGUUCAAGUGAUGAAAGUAAUACAAACAUGGUGGCAACUUCAGCAUAUCUCUAUCGAUCGAAAUUCAUACAGCGUGAAAUUCCAAAUCAAAUUGGCCAAUCUGAUAACGAAUUUGAACAGGAGAUCAAUAACAAUGACUACUUGUUGACGGGGACAACCGAGAGUUUAUCAAAAUCACUAUUAGAGCAAGAGCUCUUAGAGCGUAUUUGA